GUUUCAGAGAUGGAUUAUAACUAGCGCCCUAAAGUCAGUACCUGACUAGCCAGGCGCUGGUUCGUACGUCAGUUUGCGUGCGGCCAGCAGAAACAGCCUGAUUGAUCAGGUCCUGAUCCAUCACGAGGCCUGGUCUCCAGCCGGCCCGCGGGGGCGUUGACCCCAGAAACCCUUCCCAGGUAAACUCCAGAUUCUGGAGAGGAUGAGGAACACACUGGCCUUCCUGGUCUGCCUCGCAGGCGCGGUGAACGGACAAAGUAGUAUCAGGUCUGGCAAUGGCAUGCAGUGGGGUGACUGGGGACCCACCGAGUAUUGUCCAAGUAACUCCUAUGCCACCGGUUUUGCGAUUAGGGUGGAAUACCCGAUCGAUGGAGAUGACACAGCCUUGAAUGCCAUCCAGCUCUACUGUCGGUCAGGGAGCAAUAAUGAAGUGGGCACAAUCACCUCCAGUGUCCAAGACUUUGGAGAAUGGACCGGCAAACGCCAAUGCCGUAACGGCCGCUUGAACGCAAUUAGAAUGCGUGUUGAGGGAAAUCAAGGCGGCAAUGGUGACGACACAGCCGCCAACGACCUGGACAUGCGCUGUGAGAACGGUGAAGAACUCAGAGGAGGAGGAACCGGCUGGGGAACCUGGAGCUCCUGGCAAAACUGCCCAAGUGGCCAGAUAAUCUGCGGCAUACAGACCCGGGUUGAGGGUAAACAAGGGAAAGGUGACGACACAGCUCUUAAUGAUGCUAUAUUCUACUGCUGUUAAGCACGAAAGUGUUAUAUCACGUCCUGUUAAGAGCUUCCAAUUAGCUAUACGAAAUCUACUAUUAUUGUGAAUUUGGAAGAUUUUUGGGUAAGUUUAGAGAAGAGGACGUGAUGGUAUCAUGAAGAAAUGGAUUCAGGGUAUUUUAUUUUCUGCUAGUUAAAACGGUGGUUUCCUAAUUUUUGCUAAAACUCUCAGCUGGUCACUCACAUGGCCUCUGUACCUAGGCCUAUUGAUAAAAUGCAAUGAUUUUUAUUGGUUAGUUUCAAAAAUGUGUUACAAACAUAAGAAAUCUGAUAUAUAUUCAUAAAUUAACUAUUUUGUGUAUGUUUACUGAAGUGUUUUAUAACAUAAAAAUGAAUAUUGACCAACUGAUGAUGCUUAUGUAUUCACAUAAUAAAAACUGCAUUUUUGAAAAA